UCUAUCAAAUACUUUCAAAGUCAAAACAAGCAGAUCUAGAGCUACAAUGUCGAUGUUAGGCGGCCUAGGAAGGCUCGGUAUAGCCUCUGUUGGAUGUUUUGCAGCCUCCUACAUUGGAUACCAGAUAUACAGAAGAGAGUCUAGUCAAGCUAACAUCAAGGGUGAACCGUACGUGGUCCAGGCCAUGGGGAUACUGCAGGGUUAUGAUGUGGUCAUGGAAAGGCUGGGCAGUCCGCUGAAGAUGCACCAUAUAUCGUAUGAUCCAAACGACAACAAGGUUGAUGUGUUGGAUGGCAAAGCCAAGAUGAAGAUUCCUUUGACUGGAUCAAAGGGAUCCUCGGCAUAUUUGUACCUCUGGGCGACGAGACCUCCGGUCACUAUGGACACGCCCAGGAAGGAUAUUCCAGAAUGGACAGUUAACCAGCUUGACAUUGAACUCGGGCCAACGUAUCGCUGGACAUUCUACGUGAAUAAAGAUCAACUAGACAAUGAUAAAAUAGGAUUCGUUGAUGCUCAAAUUCCAGAUGAUUUGCCAACAAAUCCAUCAUGAAAGAUAGGACAUUGUAUGUGUAUUAUGUGAUGUUAAUUUUAGAAUUUAUUGUGGAAACCCAUUGGCUUCAGGACUGGACAAUAAGGGUAGCUCAAUAGCCUGAGACUAGUGAAAUCUCCAGCUGGUGUAGACAAUAAGGGUAGCUCAAUAGUCUGAGACUAGUGAAAUCACCAG